AUGUGCGAUCGAAUCGCUCUCUCAACCUUCACCAACCCGGCGUAUUUCUUUUCAUUUAUGAGCAUUACCAUGUCAAGAGACAUCAGAAGUGAACUUGGCUUUCUCAAGAAAGAUGUGUUCUACGACACUGUAAAGCCUUAUAGUUGUCGAUAUACUCCAUCUGAUGGCACUCCGCGCCAUAAUUUGAUGGUUGAGAUGAUGGACGUAACUAUCCAUGACGCAAGACCACUGAAUCCUACUCUCGAGGGCAAUGGCUUCACGUUGUCUUCAUUCCCCACUGAGAUGACCUAUCGAGACUACGCUGAUGGGGAGAAAGUUUCUACAAUCUAUGCGCCAGAGCUGGAGAAGCAUCUUCGAGAUCUAUUCCAGGCACCUCAUGUCAAAGUAAUUGAUUACGCGAUUCGGCGACGGCAUCCCAAUUUUCCAGUCUCGACUGGAUUGGAGUACGUUGACCAACAGCCAGCUAGGCUUGUGCACGUUGACUUUUCUCGCGAUGAAGCUAGGCAAAUGUUACAGACUCUUUACGGAGACAAAGCAAGAGAAAUUCUGCAGCAUCGCUGGCAAAUCGUUAACACCUGGAAACCCCUCAAAGGACCCCUAUUCGACUGGCCGUUGGCAAUUGGCGAUGCACAGACCUUUGAUGCGGCGCACGACUACCAGUCUUCAGACGUGGUGUAUCCGGGAUGGGCCUACGAGAAUGUCUUGGUUCACGCACGUCCUGACCAAAAGUGGUACUAUUUUCAUGCGCUCGAGGAGUCUGAAACAAUAAUAUUCAAGUGCACAGAUUCAGAUGUCCACGCAUCUCAGGAUGAGGUCGGAUCAGUGUAUGGAGAGCGCUCUUAA